AUGGCCGUCAAGAAACUAUCAAAAGGGAUCGCUAUUUGUAAGUCACUUCAAUACCGUUUAUUCAAAACGAUGUAUCUCAGUUAUUUGCAAAGAUAUCAAAAAAUGUGCAACUGAUAAAAUGUACAGAAUUUCUUAAUGAACAUUUCAUUAGUUGACAUCUUUUUGAUAUCUAUAAUAGCAGCUGAGAUAUACUGUUUUGAAUGUAUGGUUUGGUUUAUUUUCAGUGUUUCUUCUAAUUUCAAACCUCAUCUUCUUCGUCGUUCCCCUCUUUCUCAUUUUUGUGGGAAUCUGGAAAUGGAGUGCGUGUCCGGGCGACGAGAUCCUUCCGAUUUGGAUGAUAUUCGUCGGCGCACUCAUUAUAAUCGAUCGAUUGAUAUUCUGGAAGCGGGUCAUCAACGAGACGCGCUUUGAGAAGACGGUCCCGCACCCGGGAAUGAUCAGUUUGGAGCGGGUGCUCACUUGGGAAAAAGAUCGGAUGGAGUCCACUUCCAGAAAGAUCUGGUACCUCAUGGCCAAACUCAAGAUCUUGUUCUUCGUUGCGUAAGUUAUGCUUUAACUAGUCACUCAAAAGGUUUACUCCCCCUUAACUUUUUCAUUUUUCAGUGCAUUCCUCGGAGCGUGUUGGAGCUACGCGUUCAUCUCAAAGUCGAAAAGUCGCGAACAAUGCGAUCCGCUCAUCUACAUUUCCAUCUUUGCUUUUUCUGUUUUCUCGAUGACCGCCGCCCUCGUUUCCUAUCUCAGCUCCUCGUAUUUGCAUUGUACGGCUCCCGGCACAAAACUCGAUCAGUUGGCCGUCGCCGCUCUCGAAGCUGUCUUCUAG